AUGUCGAGUAUAAUAGAUAAUGAUGUGAAUAGUGCUGUUUAUCAUUCAAAUGAUCCAUUGAAUAAUUUUAAAAUUCGAGUUAAAUUAGAACGAUUAACAUCGAAUGCAUUAUUACCAAGUCUUCAACGACUUAAAAUUGAGGAAGAUUUAACACGUUUACUUAGUAAAGAUGGUCAACCAAAGGAAAAACCGAAAAGUAGUAAAAUCGAAGUAGCACAAGCAUUAGAAGAAACGAAACGAUCUGAUUAUGAAGAAGUUCUUGUUGGUUGGCAACAGAAAAUGUUCAGUCGUUUUGAAUUUGAUACAUAUGGAAAAGGUGUUGGACCAGAAAGUACAGCACUUGAACAAAAAUAUUAUGAUGAUAUACAAAAAAUGAAAGCAAAUCGAAAACAACCUGGACGAAUAUUUACUUAUAUUGAAAGUGAUCCAUAUUGUUUUGCAAAAGAUCUCGAUUAUUUUAUGACUGAUUCACCAAAUGAAGAACCAAGUCAGUUGGCAUUAGGAGUUAAUAAUGUUCGAAAACGUCGCGCUGUUCAACCACGUUUUAAAUUAAGUGAUGAAGAAUAUUUACCCAAAACAAAUCUUAUCAAUCGAAAACCAACACCUGAUGAUCUUCGUACAAAUCAUUAUGCUGCUUUACCACAUCAAACAAUGUAUAUUAUGGCUGAUUUAAGUGACAUUAUUGAUAAUGCUACAGCACAACUUGUUGUCGUACCUCAACUACCAAAUGAACAUGUUUUAUGUAUCGUACGUAGUUAUUCAAAUGGAACAAUUGUAUUAGCACCUGAUUUUAAUAAUGGUAAAAUGGCAUAUAUUGUUGAAACAGGAAAUACGAAUAAUGAAGUAUAUCAUUAUUAUUUGGAACAUGGUUCAAUACAAAUAAAUAUAGAUGAUUUAAUAAAAGAAAGAAAAUUAUUUCAUGAAGUUUGUUUAAGACAACAAACACAUCUUGCACAAAUGGUUGGACAUGAAUUUGAUACGCCACCACCUGCUGUUCUUAAAUUAAAUGUAUUUGGUGAAAUUGUUAGUGGAAAAAAUUUUGAAUAUGAUAAUAUUUAUGUUUAUUAUUAUUUGGAUUUACCUGAUUAUUGGUAUGCCGAACCUUCAAUGAUAUUUUCAGGUUAUACUCAUACAGCAAGUACAACAAAAUCAAGUAAAAAUGAUGAUGUUGUCUAUUAUUCACACCCAUUCGAAUUUGAACUUUGGUAUAAACCAUCAGCUGUUUCAGCUGAUCAUGAACUUCCUCGUAUGCCAAAAAUUUAUUUUCAAGUUGCUUCUCAAGAUGUAUGGAAUCGUCAUCGAGUAGAAGGAUAUACAUACAUUGACAUUCCAAGUUUACCUGGAUUCUAUAAUGAAGAAUUAUCAUGUUGGCGACCACGUGGUGAUUCGAUAUUUAAUGAAUUACGACGAUUUUAUAUUGGUGGAUCAAAUGAACUUGAAGAUAUCAGUUAUGUUUCGAUCCCAAAACAAUUUGAAAGUGAAAAAAAUAACAACACCCCAUUAAGUCGUUUUGGUUUUCGUACUGUAUCAACAGGAUUAUUAAAUAUUCGACUUAACGUUGUUUUUCAAUCACAAUCUCUUGCUAUGGAACAUACUAAACGUGUUGGUGCUCGUUCUGCGAAUCGUUAUGGAUUUGAUGCAUUCAUGUCAAACAUUAAUGCGGCUAUUGAUGCAUUCCAACAAGCAAAAAAACGUGCAUUAGAAGUGCGCGAAUCAACAUUACAAUUACUUACACCCAAAACAAAUACUUAUGAAUGA